GAGGGAAGGGUGCCUGCUCUGUCUUCAGCCAUUUAUAAUUUUUUGAGCAAAAUUUGUAGGAUGGUCAACAAUUGUGUGGGGACUACUUCAAGUAAGCAAAAUGGUAGUUCUUCAUCAAAAUGUUGUGCAUCACAUGUUAAAAUAUAUUAUUGUGACUUGCAGUGUAUUUUAUUUAUUGUUUUAUCAGACCAAACUGGAAAUAUUAUCACUGUGAAGGUGGAAGCAGUUACCUCUGCACAAGAUAAAGGACUGGUGCAGACAAACAGGAGAAGAAAUCCAUUAUCAGAAAAACAUGCCACACCCACGUUAGAUGAAUUAGAAGAAUUGGGUGCUGAAAUUGGAGAAGAGUGGAUAAAGCUUGGGCGUCGCCUAGGUGUGCAUGAUGCAGAACUUGAAGAAAUAAAUAAAGGUCAUGACCAACUGUCUGAAAAGGGAUACCGCAUGUUAAAGCACUGGAGACAAAAGAAAGGUUCUGCUGCAACCUACCAGGCUUUGUGUGAUGGGUUAAAACAUAAACUUGUACAGCGCCAAGACUUGGCAGAGAAGUUCUGUUACAUUAAAGGUAACAAGAAGAUCUUUUAGAUCUUAUAACCGUGCUUUUAAAAUUUAAAAUUUUGGUGGUUUUGCUAACCUUGCUAUCAUCUUUAGCAACUCAAUCUGUUUUAAAAAAACAAUUACAAUCCCUUGGGCCCUGUGAUUUAGUCAUCUAAAGACCCUGGAAAGACAAUAAAAUAAUUCAAUUGUUUCCCAAUGCUGGAAUUAGUUGUGUCUAACAGUAAACACCUCAAUUUCAAAACAAUGAUUUACAUCAAUAUUCCUGAACACUUUUUGUUGUUAUGAAAAUAAUGGCUUUAAUUUGGAUCGCACUGAUUUGGAUCAUUUGUCUGUGAGUGAUUCACCUUUUUUUUUUCCGCGAUCGAACUCCACUUUUAGUCUUUUUUUAAAUCACAAAUUAAUUAUGUACAAUACUAACACUACUCACACUACUAACACUUCUUACAAUACUUAAACAUUACCUACAGUACUAACAUUACUUACAAUACUAAAAUCACUUACUCUGUUGCUGACAUUACUUACAAUACAACUGUUACUUACACUACUACUACUAGUCACAAUACUAUCGUAACUUACACUACUGAUACCAUUGACAAUACUGUAGCUUACAAUAUUCAUUUUACUUACGCUUGACAUUUAUUACAUUUAAAAUCAAUAGAAUGAUAUAUGUAUCUAAAAGUUCACGGGUGUUUGAACGCUUGGUCACUCCAUGGAUAGUUUGCUUUUUAGCAAUACUUUAAAUGCUGUUAUGCUGUAGGUUUCACUUUCUUUAACUGCAGUAUAGAUGUAGUAACGGGCUACUAUCAGGCAAAGGUUGACAACAUGGAAAGAUCGCUUCUCGGGGUGAUGUGCAUAUAUUUUGCCAGUGGUACAGCUCUCAGGGGCAUAGCUAGCCAUUUUUGACUCAUAAGCCCUUUCCAUACUUCGUAUAUGUAAGUGUAGUGCGGCCGGAGAAGAUGGGGGGAAGUCAAGCAUGCCUAUGAUUUGUUCAAUCAAUUCAGUUUUGACUAAUCCUGGAUAUCUGAAUUUCUUGCUUGGCAAAGGACGGAAACUGAUCUCUAAUGUUAUGGUGGGAUGCCAUGUUUCUCACGUUUGUCAUUUGCAGUGACCAAUGGAUAUCAUAAUGGUGAAUUGCUGCUGAUUAAGCACAAUGGUGCACUCAUUUAGGCCUAGCAACAAAAAUGUAGACUGCUUUGAGAUUUUUAAAUGCUGAAAAGAUUUUUGGAAGAAUUUAUCAAGGUCAAUAAUUUUUAGAGUUUUUAGAGCCAAAAAAGUCUGUAAAAUGUGUUAAAAAAUGUUUUAUAUGCACAGUUAGGAACCCAAUUUGCUUGUAAAGCUAUAUAUAUGAGUGACAAGAGGCUUCAGUCAUGGCUUCAUGAACAGCAGGUUUUUAUUUUAACCAUUGUUUAACCAUUGUUUUUAUUUUAACCAUUAAUGGGAUUUUUAGACGCAUUCUCAAGAUUUGUUGUAAAAGUUUUGAUAUUUUUCGUUAAAAUUUUGAGAUUUUUAGAAAACAUGAGAUUUUUAGAUUUCUUUCUGAGAUUUUUAUAACUUUUUUGGAGAUUAUCUGGAUAGAUUUUUGGGUGAUUUUCCAGCAUUAUUGUAGCUAGGCCUCCACUUGUUACAUGUAUGCAAUCUAAAUAUAGAACUUAAGACAUGAGAGAAAAACCUGAAAAGAAGGUUGGGGACGUGAGCGCUUGAAUGGUUUUCUUGAGUGUUUUUGUUUUUGCAAUUUUCUUUUCUUCCACGUUUCCUUAACAAAGUCACCCAAAAACUAGUUCUAUGAAGUAAAAAAAGAAAUAUUCCAAGAGAAAAGAAAUGUACCGAGAAAACUUUGUUAGCCUGGGCUUACUGGCUUAAAGGGAGCUACAUCCCUGGUUGCAAAUGCCCAGCACAAUGCAUUGGUUUGUGAAAAUAGUUUUUCACAUAAACAAUAUUCCAAACCUUCUUCGCAAGUGUUUAAAUAGGAUGUUUUGGCAAUAAUUUAAAUUCUUGAUAACAAAAAUAGAGGAUUUAUUUUAAACAAACAAAUUUGUUCCAUGCAUGACUGAUGGAAACUAAUCUGUUUUCUGUGGCUGGAUGCAGGGUGUCUCGUGGGACAAAGUGAAAACCAAAAACUAAAUUUAUAGUUCCUUGAUGGAUGGAACCCAUCCAUUUUCUGUUGUUUCUGUGGUUGAAGAUCUCGCUUGUGAUUGGUUGGAACACAAUAAACAUUCCAGACAUAUUUUAGGUGUUCAUGGUUUUGUUUAGCUUGACUGUAACUAGGAACUUGCAAACAAACUUACUGUAACAAUCAUAAUUCAAAAUUUUCAAAUGAGAUAAGACAUUUGGCUUGCAUUUCCUCUGGAUCAUCAUGGUACUUUUAGUCUUGGUGGUGUCCAUAUCUGCUGAGGAGUAGGUGGCUUGAAAGCUGCUUUAAGUUCCAGUGGACCCUCUGUAGCAUUCUACUGCGAUGACCUACUAGCGCUUCCUAUCACCUGAGACAAUUAACUCUUGCUUGGAGUGGCUAGUUCGAUAAGUACAGUUGCCUGCUGAGGGUGUAAGGAUCUGCUAUAUAGAUAGGUAAAUAAUCUUUUAUUAAAUCAUGGUAAAAUUCAUCAACUUAAAAAAAAAACAGUUGAAUUGUUUUUUAAAUCUGAGCAGUAAAUUUUACAGUCUAAGUACCAAGUCAUAUGACAGUUUCUCCAGAUGGUGAUUUUAGGGUUGUCAAUAACAACCAUGGACCUUGGUGUCUCUUUUUUUAAUCACUGAGCCUUCUGUGGGCGAAUCUGGUACCUGUUUACAGUUUCAACAAUCUUAUGUCUGGUAUGGUAGUCAUGUGUCAUCUUUUCCCAGUAGAUUUUCUCUCUUCAGCACACUUGGUCAGAGUCAGUUGGUUUGCACAUGGUUGGGAGCAGUUUAUUUGGAUACCACUAGAACACUGUUGUUUUUAGUUUGUGAACCAUUCU